CAGGAGCAACUUUCAGUUGAGAUCCCACAAGCCAUGAGUCCGGUUCAGUCAUAUCCAUACCAACUCCUCCUCCUGCUGCUGCUCCUGGUCAGCGUGACCUUGGGCGGCGUCCAGGGCAGUCGGCUGCCGGCGGAGGUGGGCUCCCAGCCACACAGCAUCUCCCUGCGGCGGAAUGGCGUCCAUGUGUGCGGAGGAGCUCUGAUCCGCGACAAGUGGAUACUCACCGCAGCCCAUUGCGUCAGCUUGGGUGGUGGGCAGCAGAGCUACCCAGCUCGUUCCUACAAUGUGCGAGUGGGCAGCAUUCAGCGUCUGGCUGGUGGCCAACUGGUGCCCCUGUCCAACAUCAUAAUCCACCAGAACUACUCCACUGCGGAUGCAGUCGGCUCCAAUGACUUGGCCCUGCUGCAGCUGCAAUCGCCGGUGGUGCUGAAUGCGAACACGAAACCCAUUGAUUUGGCCACCGAGCGACCGGCGGCGGGUGCGGCGAUCACCUUCUCCGGCUGGGGUUCCAGCCAGGUGGACGGCUCUCUCAGUCAUGGCCUCCAGGUGUCCACCAGGCAGAGCCUGAGCGCCUCCGAUUGCCAGAAGGAGCUGUUCCUGCAGCAGGAGGAUCUUCUCUGUUUGUCGCCGUUGGCCGAGGAUUUCGCUGGACUUUGUUCCGGUGAUGCAGGUGCUCCGGCGGCGUACAACAGCCAAUUGGUGGGCAUUGCUGCCUUCUUUGUGGGCGGAUGUGGUUCCGGACAGCCCGAUGGCUACGUGGAUGUGACCCAGCAUCUGGAGUGGAUCAACGACAAUGCUGUUUAAAUAAAAACGAGAUAUUAAUGGGGAUUAUUUGUGUUGCGGAUAUGAUAGUGAUACAUGAUUACAUUAGAUUUCAACAAUCACAUUCAUAAUUCACUUUAAA